AUGUGUACGUUAUUAGAGAAAUUUGAUGAACAUGACGGCCCCGUGCGUGGCAUCUGUUUCCAUAUUCAACAGCCCCUGUUUGUAUCAGGAGGAGACGAUUAUAAGAUCAAGGUGUGGAAUUACAAGCAGCGGAGAUGUCUCUUUACUUUACUUGGACAUUUAGACUACAUACGCACCACAUUUUUUCAUCAUGAGUAUCCAUGGAUCUUGAGUGCAUCCGAUGAUCAAACAAUCAGAAUAUGGAACUGGCAAUCACGUCAGUGCAUCAGUGUACUCACAGGUCACAAUCACUAUGUCAUGUGUGCCCAAUUCCAUCCCACUGAGGAUUUGUUAGUGUCUGCAUCUUUGGAUCAGUCUGUACGGGUGUGGGACUUUUCGGGGCUGAGGAAAAAGAGUGUGGCACCUGGCCCUACUGGAUUAGCUGAACAUUUGAGAAAUCCACAGGCUACGGAUUUGUUUGGGCAGGCUGAUGCAGUUGUGAAGCAUGUGCUUGAAGGUCAUGACCGUGGAGUAAAUUGGGCCUCGUUCCACCCCUCACUGCCGCUGAUAGUAUCAGCUGCUGAUGACCGUCAGGUGAAACUUUGGCGAAUGAAUGAUGCAAAGGCUUGGGAAGUGGACACAUGUCGCGGUCAUUACAACAACGUUUCCUGUGUCCUAUUUCACGCCAAACAUGAACUUAUAUUGUCCAACAGUGAGGACAAAUCGAUUCGAGUAUGGGACAUGACUAAACGGACUUGCCUGCACACAUUCCGUAGGGAACAUGAGCGGUAUUGGGUUUUGUCAGCCCAUCCUAGCUUGAAUUUAUUUGCAGCCGGUCAUGAUGCAGGGAUGAUACUAUUCAAGCUGCAACGUGAGCGACCGGCAUACGCAGUUCACAACAAUAUGCUGUUUUACAUAAAGGAUAGACAAUUACGGAAGCUUGACAUGCAGACAAACAGGGACUCACCUGUAAUGCAAAUUAAGGGAGGUGGCCGUCACCAACCCUACAGCAUGUCACUGAAUCACGCGGAAUGGUGCGUGCUAGUGAGUUGGCGUGUUGGAGACAAUCACUCUUACGAGCUUUAUGCGGCUCCGCGUGAAGCUGGCGAAGCCCCGGCUACGGAACCCGCGAGGGGACAGGCCACCUCUGCAGUGUGGGUGGCCAGGAAUCGCUUCGCAGCACUAGAGAAGAACAACCAGCUGGUGAUAAAGAAUCUAAAGAAUGAAGUAUCGAAGAAGAUCGCCACUCCCACCUGCGAGGAGAUCAUGUACGCCGGUACCGGGAUGCUGUUGUUACGCGAACCGGACUGCGUUCAACUCUUGGAUGUACAGCAAAAACGCACAGUAGCCAGUGUGAAAGUGAGCAAGUGCCGCUACGCCAUUUGGAACGCCGACAUGUCCCUAGUGGCGCUGCUGGGCAAACACACAGUGACUCUGUGCACUCGCCGACUGGAGCAACUUUGCUCAAUAACGGAAGGCUCCAGAGUCAAGUCGGGCGCAUUUGACGAUUCUACUCCGCAACCAGUCUUUAUUUACACUACGGCUAAUCACAUCAAGUAUUGUUGCAAAGAUGGUGAUUAUGGCAUCAUUCGUACUUUGGACGUGCCCGUGUACAUUGUGAAAGUAAUUGCCAAUGAAACUGGAGCGAGGGUAGUCUGCCUUGAUAGAGAAUGUCGCCCAAAAGUACUCAACAUCGACCCAACGGAAUACAGGUUUAAGUUGGCGUUGGUAACCCGCCAAUAUGAUCAAGUUCUCCACAUGGUUCGUACGGCCAAGUUAGUCGGACAGAGUAUAAUCGCGUAUUUGCAAGAGAAAGGUUACCCCGAAGUGGCUCUGCACUUCGUAAAGGAUCCACGCACUCGUUUGUCCCUCGCCUUACAAUGCGGGAACAUUGAGGUCGCUUUGGAGGCUGCUAAAAGCUUGGAUGAGCCGGACGCUUGGGACAAAUUGGCUCAAGCUGCUUUAACAACAGGAAAUCAUCAGAUCGUAGAAAUGUGCUACCAACGCACAAAGAAUUUCGACAAACUAUCCUUCCUGUACCUGAUCACCGGUAACCUUGAAAAACUGCGGAAGAUGAUGAAGAUAGCUGAAAUACGGAAAGACGUCUCAUCACAGUUCCAAGGGGCAUUGCUGCUAGGCGACGUUCGGGAAAGGAUUCGGCUGUUGAAGAACGCUGGACAGAUAUCCUUAGCGUACUUGACGGCGAUAAACCACAAGCAAUUCGAGGAAGCGGAGCAACUAAAGGCUGCCUUGGAAGCGGCGGGGCUGCCCAUUCCUGAGCCAAACCCUGACGCUGUUUAUCUUCGACCGCCAUUACCUGUGCAAAGAGCUCAACCUAACUGGCCUUUGUUGGCUGUUUCUAAGAGUUUCUUCGAGGUAGCGGGGGGAGCGCGGGCGGGAGGGGCGGAGGGCGGCGCGGUGGCAGCCGCCGGCACUGGAGACGAGCCGCUGGAGGCUGCCGGCGCCGGGGGGGACGAAGACGACGUCUUAUUGGACAAUAAGGAGGAGGGUGAAGAGCCAAUGGAGGAUGCGUGCGAUGACGGAGGCUGGGAUGUGGGAGAUGAGGACUUGGAACUGCCGGAGGAAUUGGCCCCCGUUUCUGCGGACAUCGACGGUGGCGAGGAGGCGGGCGCGUACUUCGUGGCGCCCACGCGCGGACCUUCCGCUGCCUUGGCGCGUCUGCGUACUGCCCACGACCACGUGGCUGUUGGACUCUUCGAGCUCGCCAUGAGGCUGCUGAACGAGCAAGUGGGCAUAGUGAACUUCGAGCCGUAUCAGGAUACGUUCGUGCGUAUGUUCGCGAGCGCGCGCAUGAUGUUCGGCGCGCUGCCGAGUCUGCCGCCACUUUGCGCCGCGCUACAUCGCAACUGGAAAGAGGCCAGCGGGCCCGACCUGCUGCCUGUACUUACUACGAAGUUAAACGACUUGGUGACACAGUUGCAACAAUGCUACCAGUUAACAACUGCUGGGAAGUUCACCGAGGCCAUAGAGAAGCUGCAGCAUGUAGCUCAAAGCGUUCCAUUGCUGCAAGUUGAAGGGAAACAGGAGUUGGCGGAGGCUCAACAGCUGCUCGCUAUCUGCAGGGAAUACUUACUCGGAUUGCAGAUGGAAACUGCUAGGAAAGCCAUGCCGAAGAACACACUAGAGGAACAGAAACGUACAUGCGAAAUGGCAGCCUAUUUCACGCACUGCAAACUACAGCCUGUUCAUCAGAUCCUGACCCUGAGGACGGCCUUGAAUAUGUUCUACAAGCUCAAAAACUUCAGAACCGCCGCGUCCUUUGCUAGAAGACUUCUUGAGUUAGGUCCCAGACCAGAAGUGGCACAGCAAGCCAGGAAGAUCCUGCAGGCCUGCGAGAAAACGCCCACGGACGAGCAUCAGCUCCUAUACGACGAACACAACCCCUUCAAUAUAUGCGGUAUUAGCUACAAGCCUAUAUACAGGGGGAAACCGGAAGAGAAGUGUGCCUUGUGCGGAGCCAGCUUUAUGCCAGAGCACAAAGGAAAGCUCUGCCCUGUCUGCGGCGUCGCAGAAAUCGGGAAAGACGUUAUAGGAUUGAGAAUUUGUCCCUUACAAUUCCAGAGAUAA